ACCUGCAGGCGGCAGCACACCUUUUGUGUCUGCCGGAAACAGCGGAAGAAGUCGACAGCGCAUGCGCAAGUUUCAAAUUGCCGUUGAACCGGGAAACGUGCAGCGAGGAAGAAAACAACAAACUGACGAUGGAUGAGCUGGAGGACAUCAGCGGCCACAUCGGUGACAGGAUCUCAUCCCUGCAGCGCAUGGUGGAUCUGUCAGUUGUUGAACUGCCUCGAAAUAAGAUGAAGAAACUCGGACAAGAACUGUUCACGCUGGAGAGACUUCUGGAGGAGUUUGAGAAAUGUGUUGGCCGACAGAGAGAGCAACUCAAACAUCUGAAGGAGUUCGAGGCGUCCUUCCAGAAAGAUUUGGAAGAUGUGAAUCAUCUUAAGGACAACAUACCUGCACACAUGGCCAAGAAGAAGGGACCAGCAAAUGGAAGUGAACCUGUGAUGAAGCAGAGUGAAGCGGCAGAUGUUCAGCCGGCCCAGAUGGAAAACAUCAAGAAGACAAACAAGAGCUUCAUCCGAGAGAUGGACUUCAUCACUAUGCCAGAGUUUGAGAGCAUCCCUCAGUACAUGAAAGGACGUGUUUCAUAUGACCAACUUAAUGCCACGGUGCAGUGUAUUAACACAGCUGUAACAGCCAAGUACAAGAUCCUCCAUCAGUCGGUGAAAACUCUCAACAAUCGUUCACGCAAGCUGCACCAGCGCUUCAAGGACCAGGAGACCAAAGAUACGAAAGGUCAGUAUUUUGUGGUGGAGGAUGACAUUCGUGAAUUUACCCAGGUGAAGGUGGACAAGCGAUUUCAGGGGAUUUUGAACAUGCUGCGACACUGUCAACGUCUGCGGGAGCUUCGUGGAGGAGGCCUCAGUCGCUACAUGUUGUUAUAAACGAUGAUGAUGAUGCUUUCAGUUACAUUUGUAUUAUCAUGGUAACAUAGUUUGUAUAUAUCCAUCUCUCCUUGUUAAUUGUAUUUACAGACCAUUAAAAAUUGGUCAUAUUGACCAGUUGUCUGAUUAGUUAGUGGCAUUGAUUUAUUCGGUUACGUUACAUUAUUCAAAGUGAAAAAUGACAUUGUGCUCACCAUUGAACAUGACAGGACUACGAUGCCUGUGUGACACUACUGUCCUCUAAAUCUAAAUCUCAUAUAAACGUGCUCUUGUGGUGGGACAAGUAUUGGUUAGACAUGUUCUCUCCUGUCAUGUAACAUCGUGUGGACAGGUAUGUUGUGGUAUAAAUUAUUGUGAAUAAAAUCUCUUCUUUUUUUUGUUUUAUUAUAUAUUGCAUUAUUACAGU